AUCGCGUUCAGUCGUCGUUCGUCGUUCGACAAAAUCGGUUCGCUUUAGCGUCUGAUAAACGCGUGCCGUUUCUCCUCGCGCAGCCGACGAUCCCCGCCGGUGUCGGUGGUCGAUUGUGCGAUCGACCCACCGUAACCAUUGUGCCCGUCGACGUGUCUGCAUACCCAAUAAUAGAAAUAAAGAAACCGGAAGAAGAAUUCGAGUAACGAAGAGAAAAUGCUGAAGAUUUGGAUGAUAAUUUGCGCCAUUCCGGUGUUCUCCAAUCAUGUCCUUGGAAAUCCUGUUUCCACGAAGGAGGGACUCACCCUGAGGAUCCUUCAUACGAACGACAUGCACUCAAGAUUCGAGGAGACGUCGCAGGUAUCGGGUGUCUGUUCACCAAACGAUUCAAAAGCAGGAAAAUGUUACGGUGGAUUCGCCAGAAUAGCAACCCUGCUACGCGAAGCACGAAAAUCUCCAGUCCCUACUAUCUUUCUGAAUGCUGGGGAUACUUAUCAAGGAUCUAUUUGGUACAAUGUGUACAAAUGGAAAGUGGUAACCAAGUUCCUGAACCUGCUGGCUCCAAACGCAACGAGUUUGGGCAACCACGAAUUCGACGACGGUGUUGAUGGUCUGAUACCCUUCAUUCAGAACGCCACGUUCCCUAUACUAACGUCGAAUCUGGACCUAAGCAAACAGCCGAAUUUAGCUGCAACAAAUUUAUUGAACAGCACGGUACUCGUCGUAAACAAUAUAAAGAUCGGUGUGAUCGGUUAUUUGACGCAAGAGACGACGUUGAUCUCCAGAUCGGAAGAGGUGAUCAUCUUGGACGAAGUGGCGAGUGUCCGUAGAGAGGCGAAAGCGUUGAAAGAACAAGGCGUCAAUAUAUUAAUCGCUCUGGGACACUCUGGCUUCGAGGUGGACAAACGAAUUGCCAGAGAAGUGGAGGACAUCGAUCUGGUGAUCGGUGGACAUACAAACACCUUCCUCUAUAGCGGAAAACAGCCCGAUUUGGAAGUUCCCGAGGGACCCUAUCCAACGGUAGUAAAGCAGAAAAGCGGGAGAAAGGUGUACGUGGUCCAAGCGUACGCGUACACCAAGUAUAUGGGAGAUUUUAAUGUGACCUUUGACACUAAGGGAGAAGUGACAAAUAUCAAAGGGAAUCCUGUACUCGUCGACAGCAGUAUCGAGGAGGCAAAGGAUGUUUUGGAUGAAUUGGAACAAAUGAGAGGAGCCAUUGAUAAUAUCAGUCUAACGGUGGUGGAAAAACUCGGGUUCUUCUUGAAGGAUAGCAAAAUAUGCAGACGCGAAGAAUGCAAUCUGGGUAAUCUAAUCACGGAUGCUAUGAUUGACUAUAAUGUUGGAGAAUAUGCAGACAGAAAUGGUUGGACUGAUGCGGCAAUAGCUCUUCAUAAUGGUGGUAGCAUCAGAACUUCUAACCGGGCAAAUGAUGACAAAAUUACUAUGGGAGAUGUCCUUAGCGUAUUACCUUUUCAUACUAUUAUGAAAGUUUCAAUGACUGGAGACUCAUUCUGUCCGUAUUAGAAUGGAGCGUUCAAAAACUUGGAGAUGGAUACAACUGCAAAUCUAUUUGGUGCAUUUACACAAGUUUCUGGACUUCAGGUAGUUUAUAAUUUGUCCAAACCAAAGAAUUCGAGAGUAGUUUCAGUACAAGUACAGUGUGCAUUCUGUAAUAUACCAGCAUAUAGUGAACUUAAAAAGAAUGAAACUUAUAAUGUACUUCUACUUGAUUUUAUGAAAAACGGUGGUGAUGGAUAUUAUAUGCUGAAAGAUCUCAAGGCUCAACCCCUUGGUGUUACUACAGCAGAUGCACUUGUAGAAUACUUGAAGACACAUAGCCCAGUCCAUCUGGCAUUGAAUGGAGGAUCAGUCAUGUAAUAGUAAUGAAAUAAUGAUGAAAUAAUGAUAAAAAUAAUGAUAAAAAUAAUGAUAAAAAGAAUGGUUCUAUCAACAUGUAUCAACCCGUCAGUUUGACGAUUUUGUUAUCAAUAAUCAGCUGUCUAUUUGUAAGAUAGAUAUAGUAGGAUAUACGUUGAAUAAUCAUACUUCAGUAUUUACAUCUA